ACAAUGAGCGAGGAGCCGCCGGUCAGCCCCAGCUGGCUGAGCCCCGACCCCACAGCAUGGGCCAGCGGUGGCGGGGGACUGACGGACAACAGCACCAGCCUGGGGACAUUCCCACCGGAGGAGAAACUCCCGCCCGGCCAGUUGCCUCUGCUGGUCAACCCCUGGGACAUUGUGCUGUGCUCUUCUGGGACGUUAAUAGCCUGCGAGAACGCCCUGGUGGUCCUGGUGAUCUGGCAGAACCCGGCCCUCAGGGCCCCCAUGUUCUUGUUGAUCGGCAGCCUGGCCCUGGCGGAUCUGCUGGCCGGUCUGGGCCUGGUGCUCCAUUUCACCUGUGCCUACCUGCUGCGCUCCGACUCGGCCCAGCUGCUGACCGUGGGCCUGGUGGUGGCCUCGUUCUCCGCCUCCGUCUUCAGCCUGCUGGCCAUCACCAUAGACCGCUACCUGUCGCUCUACUACGCCCUCACGUACAACUCGGAGCGGACGGCGGCCUUCACCUACACCAUGCUGGUGCUGCUGUGGGGGCUGUCCCUGUGCCUGGGCCUGCUGCCCGUCACGGGGGUCAACUGCCUGGCGGAAGAGGCCACGUGCAGCGUGGUGCGGCCGCUGACCAAGAACAACAUCGCCGUGCUGUCCGUGUCCUUCCUGCUGCUCUUCGGCCUCAUGCUGCAGCUCUACGUGCAGAUCUGCAAGAUCGUCAUGCGCCACGCCCACCAGAUCGCCCUGCAGCACCACUUCCUGGCCGCCACGCCCCAUUACGUCACCACCCGGAAGGGCGUGUCCACGCUGGCCAUCAUCCUCGGGACGUUCGCGGCCUGCUGGAUGCCGUUCACCGUCUACUCCCUCAUCGCCGACUACACCUACCCGCCACUUUACACCUACGCCACCCUGGUGCCCGCCACCUACAACUCCGUCAUCAACCCGGUGAUAUACGCCUUCAGGAACCAGGAGAUCCAGAAGGCGCUGUGGCUGGUGUGCUGCGGCUGCGUGCCGGCCAGCGUGGCCCAGCGGGCGCGGACCCCUAGCGACGUGUGA